AUGCAUAGAGCCCAGGACCUGCACCCAUCUCUCACCGACGACUCGACCUCAUGCCCCGCCGACGACAGUGUUUCAAACCUUACCAAGCUCCCAACGCCCAACGGCGUCGACGUACUAGUGAUAGCUUCACCCGGCCUUGCCGCUCCCGUCGCCUCUGAAUGGUUGGCCGCCUCAACCGCAGCUGAUACCGCCAACACGAGCAACAACCCGAGUCGCACCCCCGACGGCCUUCGUCCGAGGCGCUCUUCAGUCCUCGUUGGAUCAUGCGUUGCGUCUACUGAUUUACUCUACGGCCAACCAUCGCCAUCUGUGCCAUCCGUCCACUCAAACACCAUCUUGCCCAGUGUGGUUGCCGGCGCUUUAACAUUGCACAGCCGGCGCCUUGCCCAGCCUGACGCCGCCGCCUCGGCCCAGCCAUUAUACAUACUUGGCAAGCGACCUUCUAGGGUUGCCCAGCUCGAUUCCGUCAUGGCAUCUGGACCAACCAAGAAGUCCCGGACAAGUUCCUCACCUCCCAGGAGAUUCGAUUUACCUCACGCAGCCACAGCGCCUCUAACAAGAGCCUCAAUCAGAGCCAUGCGCGAAUCUGUCUUCUCUCCCCUCUUCUUCUCGAACUCGCCUGCCCGUCAUACAAGCAGGCCAUCAGUGGACUCUACGGCAGAUCUUGCUGCGGGCAUGCUCUCACCCAUCGGCGAGGAUUCUCGUGAGACUGUUACGACUCUUAAGCUUCCAAGAGCAAACGUCAGCUCCGUCAGCCCUACGCUUUCUGGGAGCACCCCGGGCAGCAUGGCUUCUUCCAUAGACAUCUCGGGUUCCUCGACUAGCCCCGACAGCAUUGCAAUCCCCAGCAACUUACAAAUGAUCCGCUCUAUCGGUAUACUAGAGCUUCUCGAAAAUGAUAUACGGCCUACUUUUAUGAUCGACCUUCAAAAUCCAUCCAAUACAACACAACCUCACCUUCCUAUACAAUAUUAUAAUCCUUCCCUUCGCGCCUGUUACGAUAUACAUCCUUUACUGAAUGCCGGCUGCGAUAACAACCCGAUGACGCCCGAAUUUAGUCACUUCAAACAAUGGGCCCUGUGCUCGACGUCAACUGCGGAACAGCCAGAGCUUGGCUUCCCUUCCUGCGAGUAUGGCCGCAUCAACUGGACUAAGUCAACGGUUAGGCAACGAUUUCGUUUCAUUUCUGGUAGCAUCAAUCUCAGUACAUCGCCCGAACGUUCCGAUACUGGGGUCGCGAGCGCAGAUACUCCGGAAUGCAUGGACGAGGAUAGCUUACACGCCGAGCUCGAGGCACAGGCCGAGACUGCAGCAACCGAUGUGGAACCAGCCGACUACUUCGGCGACGCUGCCGCUGAGAAACCUGACGAUCGUCGCGUCAAUACCUUUGAGAGAGCAUUGAUCGACCAAGCAAAUAUUGUGCAACCUGGGCACCCUGAUGAAUUUACCAACCAAGUGCUUCAGUCCAGAGAGUCGAGGCCCUCUUUCGACUGGACCAGAAUACCAAUGAGCGAUUCCCUACCCAAACAUAUUAAGCUCGCAAAGACAACUGACUGGGCCUCCACACCGCUCGGUGCGAUUGAAGACUGGCCCAACGAAUUGAGGAUGCUUGCCAAUAUCGUAAUGGGCAGCCCGCACCCCGCCACAUUAUACUGGGGACCGGAAUAUAUUUGCAUCUACAACGCUGCAUAUAUUGAGAUAGCUGGCCAAAAACACCCGAGCAUCAUGGGAAUGAGGAACUUCGACGCCUGGGCAGAAAUUCACGAUGAUGUUGAGCCUGUUUUCCGGAGUGCCUGGGAAUCCGGCCAAGCAACCAUGAAACAUGACAACCACCUCUUCCUACGUCGAGAUGGAUAUCUUGAGGAGACGUUCUUCUCGUGGUCUCUGGUCCCUGUCGUUGGAGGAGACGGCCAAGUUGUAGGCCUUUACAGCCCUGCCUUUGAGAAUACUCGCCGGAAAAUCAACGAAAGACGCAUGCUUACAUUGCGAGAAAUUGGUGAACGGACUGCUACAGCGACUACUGUUAGCGGAUUCUGGCCGUUAGUUCAACAGGGACUUGAAUACAAUGAGCUGGACAUCCCGUUUAACCUCAUAUAUUCAACGUCGAAAGAAGAUGCGGAAAGCGAGAUAUCAUCUGUGCGUUCCGGAAACCUGGCAACUCCAAUCCAUUUGACACUUGAGGCGGCAUCUGGGGUUACGGAGGGGCAUGCUGCGGCUCCGAAGACAGUAGACCUGCGCACGUCUGAGGAAGGCUUCGCACCUUACAUGAGAGAGUCCAUCAGCGCGGGCGGCGUGCCUAUCGUCUUGUCCCAAGAAGACGGCACUCUUCCCGCAGAACUUAUUGAGGGUAUCCAGUGGCGUGGAUUUGGUGACCCGUGUAGGACAAUUGUCGUCUAUCCUAUUGUCUCCACGAGCGGGGGCGAAUCUAUCACCGACUUUUUGGUUAUCGGCGUCAACCCAAGACGACCCUACGACGACGAUUACAGACUGUUUUUCCAUUUGCUAGCCAGGCAGCUCGCAACUUCUAUGGCAUCGGCUGUUUUAUUUGAAGAGGAGAUCAAGCGUGGCCAAAUGGCAGCUCAACUUGCUGCUGAGGAUAGACGGGAACUUUCGAUGCAACUACUUCUUCGAACGCAAGAAGCGAAUGAAAGCGAAGACAGGUUUACUAGGAUGGCGGCCUACGCACCUGUCGGCAUGUUUAUUGCAGAUGCUGCAGGUAAAAUCAACUACUGCAACGAUAUGUGGUGGCAAAUUUCGCGUCACGCCCGCAACGACAUUCUGGAGGAUGCAUGGAUGGACCUUGUUCACCAAGAUGACAGGAAGGCCUUGGGGCGUGCAUGGACUACCUUGGUUGAAGAAAAGGUCACCGUUUCCCAAGAAUUUCGUUUCAAGACUUUUGAGCAGGAAGGGGACCGUACCAUGGAUACUUGGGUUUUGAUGAGCGCCUUUCCAGAGCAGAAUGCUGACGGAGUUCUGAAGUCUAUAUUUGGCUGCAUUACCGACAUCUCUUCUCAAAAAUGGGCAGAGAGAGUUCAGAGGGAGCGGCGAGAAGAAGCUGUCGAGCUCAAGCGGCAACAAGAAAAUUUUAUCGAUAUCACCAGCCAUGAGAUGCGCAAUCCACUCUCCGCUAUACUGCAGUGCGCAGACCAGAUUGCAAACAAUAUCACUACAUUCAACACGCGCAAUGUCAAGGAUGUGGAGGCACUUCUUGAAAGCUGCCUCGACGCGGCUCAUACGAUCAAUUUAUGCGCAAGCCAUCAGAAACGUAUUGUUGAUGACAUUUUGACCCUGUCGAAGCUGGAUUCUAGCUUGCUCUCUGUCACUCCAGUAGCAGAGCAGCCAGUGAGGGUUGUGCGCCGCACGCUCAAGAUGUUUGAAGCCGAGUUGGCUGCCCACGAUAUUGAUUUUGACUUUACAGUUGACGAUAGCUUUGCGAGACACGGCAUCAAAUGGACUAUGCUGGACCCAUCACGUCUCCGGCAAGUCCUCAUCAACCUCAUGACGAACGCGAUGAAGUUUACCCAGGGGCGCCAGCAUCGCCAAAUCAAGGUCAAUCUCAGUGCAUCGCGUGACAUUGCCGAGGUUGCCAGCGAGAACCUCUACUUUCCUCGAAACACCAACCAAAUGGGCAGCGGGAUCGAUAUUGAGAGCGAAGGUGAUUGGGGCACUGGCGACAAAAUUAAUAUUCAUUGCAGUGUCUCAGACACAGGGCCCGGCCUUGCUGAAGAGGAGCUCCAGGUGCUCUUUCAACGCUUUCAACAGGCAACGCCCAGAACACAUGUGCAGUAUGGUGGCUCUGGUCUAGGCCUCUUCAUCUCGCGCAUCUUAACCGAGAUGCAAGGCGGUCAAAUUGGCGUCACAUCCGUGGCGGGCCAAGGAAGCAAAUUUAGCUUCUAUAUCCAAAGCCGUCAAUGCGCUGACGCGCCGGAGCCUUUCGAGCCUCUGUCAUGUUUUACACUCCCUCGGCAAUGCCGCUUGCCCGCUGGCUCCGAAGCUGUCGCCCAAACCGAGUGCGCCUCGCAGAGCCAGCAGGCCACGCGCAAGCCCCCAGACCCGUCUCAAGGCCCGCGGUACGACGUGCUCAUCGUGGAAGACAACCUUGUCAACCAGAAAGUAUUGCAGCGCCAGCUCGUCAACUGCGGCAACACGACCUUUGUCGCCAACCACGGGCAAGAGGCCCUCGAGACGCUGCAAAAGUCUAGGUUCUGGGCAGGCAACGAGACGAACGGCGUCGACAUUUCGGUCAUUCUCAUGGAUCUGGAAAUGCCCGUCAUGGACGGCGUGACGUGCGCCCGCCACAUCCGCGAGCUGGAGCGCAGCGGCACCAUCACCAAGCAUAUUCCCAUCAUUGCCGUCACGGCAUACGCCCGGCCCGAGCAGAUUGCCAACGCCAAGGCUGCUGGUAUCGACGAUGUAAUCUCCAAGCCGUUUCGCAUCCCGGAGCUGCUGCCGCGCAUCAACGAGCUCGUCAACCAGUAUAGCACGCCCUCUGUCGAGGCGUGA